UCCUGUUUAGUAAUUAAUAGUAGUAGUAGUUUAUUCUUUUCUGAAGAUUUUAGAUCUAGUUCCCACCCUGCCCCGUCCCUGUUAAAAAAAAAAUGAACUAAAUGAAUUCCUGUUAUUCUUUCCAACCUAGUAUAUUCAGAGUUUGAAAGAUCAAGUUAUCAUUACUCUCUUUGCCACAUUUACUACCAGAUUUUGCUUUGUCUGGACACUUCCUAGAUGACCUCGCUUGUUUUACACCUCUAAACAUCUAAGUGCCCCAUGACACUACACCAAGCCCUUAGUUCCCCCUCUGAAAUCUAGGUUUGUGUUCAACUGCCCACUAAUAGACUUCUCAAACUUAACACAGACAGAAGAGUGAAUUCCCUGUCCGUUAACCAAAUAUUCUUUUACAUUUUUUUUUAGCUUAUUUAGUAAAUGUAAUAGCAUUCAGUUUCUUGAACACCAAAAAUCUUUGGUAUAUAAAGAUUUUUGGUAUAUUUUUGGUUUCUUUAUAUACAAAAAUCUAGAACUUUUAGUCAAUAUCUUCCCUUUAUUUCUCACAUUUCACUCAUUAGUAAGUUCUAAGAACUGGACUACAAAGCAUGUAUCUUUGCUACUGGCACUGUAGUCCAGAUCACCAUCAUCGCUCCUAGACAAGUAAUGUAGCCUUCUGUCCGGGUUGCCUGCUUCCAUUGUUGCCAUUCACGCCAUUCAUUCUUCACUCAGAGUCUAAGUGGUCAUGGAAGAAUACACCAAAGGUCAUGCCACAGCCCUGCUAAAAACCAUACAACAGCUUCUGAUUUUAUUCUGAUCUGAGCUCCAUCCUUGGAUUUGUAGAUCCCUAUGUGACCUGACUCCUGCCAAGCUUCUGACCUCACCUCAAACUGCUUUGCCUUAUUCUUGACUAUACUAGUCCUCCCUUAUGGGCUUUACACCAGCUAUUGCCUGUUUUUGAGUUGUUUGCCCCUCACUGCUCUUGGGUUGAGUCCUCAGACUUCAGCUUUCAGUUAAAUGUCACCUCAGCAGAGAGGCCAACCCUUACUAUGUAAUGUAAAGUUGCCCUGAUUCACUUUUUUUUUUUUUUUUGAAACACGGUCUCGCUUAGUUACCCAGGCUGGAAUGCAGUGGCGCAAUCUUGGCUCACUGCAUCCUCCACCUCCUGGGUUCAAGAGAUUCUCCUGCCUCAGCCUUCCGAGUAGCUGGGAUUACAGAUGUGUGCCACCACAUCCGGCUAAUUUUUGUGUUUUUAGUAGAGAUGGGGUUUCACCAUGUUGGCCAGGCUGGUCUUGAAAUCGUGGCUUCAAGUAAUCUGCCUGCCUCAGCCUGCCAAAGUGCUGGGAUUACAGGCAUGAGCCACUGUGCCCGGCCCUGAUUCACUCUUAAUUAUCUGCAUUGCUAAUUAUCUCUAGAUUAUAAACUCCAUGAGAGAGGGAAUCUUGUAUGCCUCGUUCACUAUCCUGAAUGCCUGCCACACAAUUAUUUCUUAAAAGAAUGAAUGAAUAAAUCUGGGUAAUUUAGCAAAUGCUCAGUAGCAUAUUUAAACUUGAAUCUCAACAUUGUAAAUAUGGCAGGUAAAAAAUAUCUGUAGCAGGUAAAAAUAACUAGUGAUGGCAACCUUUGUGUUUCUACAUAGUACUGUUGUAAACCAAGAACUGAGUGCAAAGUCAUAAAGGCAAAGUAAAGAUUACAAAUAUCACUAAUAGAAAAUAAAACUGUUAUACUUAAUCAUUUGGAGUCAUAACUUAUAUUUCAGUGUUUAACAGUUAAUACUCUUUGCCUUCCUUUAAAAUAAAAUCGUUUUUGAGGGGAAUAUUUUAUCAUUUUUUAAAGCCUCUUGAAGGAGUUCAUACUCAUAACCUUUUUAAUGUCUAAACUUCCCUGUGAGUAAGCAAAAGCCCUUCUAAUUACUCCUUUUGUCUCAGCACUGCAUUCAUUUUGAUAGACAUUUUGUGAACAUUUCUCAGAUGACUACAUUCUGAAAGUAAAGGCUAAUUCAGUAUUUCUUUUUUUUUCAACUAUUAUUACUACUACAUUGUGUUCAGAGCUACAAGUAGAGCAUCUUAUUAUCAAACUAAUAAUUCUCAUGAGGAAAGCUUAAGUGCUGGUAAAUCUUUUUUUGUUGUUAGCAGAGAUUACUUGACUUGACGUGUUGACAUACCAUGGAGCACAUUUUACUUCUUGACAAGGCACGGAAGCAGUAAGAGUUAUGAACAAGAAAAAUAUACCCUUCAAAGAGAAGUUGAACUCAAGAGUCGAAUGUUAGAAAGUUUGAGCUGCGAAUGUGAAGCUAUUAAACAACAACAAAAAAUGCACCUGGAGAAAUUGGAAGAACAACUAAGCAGAAGCCAUGGACAGGAAGUGAAUGAACUAAGAACUAAGAUAGAAAAACUGAAAGUGGAAUUAGAUGAAGCCAGGCUUAGUGAAAAGCAGCUGAAGCACCAGGUAGAUCAUCAGAAGGAACUCCUCUCUUGUAAGUCAGAGGAACUGCGCGUAAUGUCUGAACGUGUGCAGGAAAGCAUGUCUUCAGAGAUGCUGGCUCUUCAAAUUGAGCUGACAGAAAUGGAGAGUAUGAAGACCACCCUCAAAGAAGAAGUGAAUGAACUACAAUACAGACAAGAACAGCUGGAACUUCUUAUUGCUAACCUAAUGCGCCAGGUAGACCGGCUUAAAGAGGAAAAAGAGGAGCGAGAGAAAGAAGCAGUUUCUUACUAUAAUGCCCUGGAGAAAGCUCGUGUAGCAAAUCAGGAUCUUCAGGUACAGUUGGACCAGGCACUCCAGCAAGCCUUGGAUCCCAAUAGUAAAGGCAACUCUUUGUUUGCAGAGGUGGAAGAUCGAAGGGCAGCAAUGGAACGUCAGCUUAUCAGUAUGAAAGUCAAGUAUCAGUCACUAAAGAAGCAAAAUGUAUUUAACAGAGAACAGAUGCAGAGAAUGAAGUUACAAAUCGCCACGUUGCUACAGAUGAAAGGGUCUCAAACUGAAUUUGAGCAGCAGGAACGGUUGCUUGCCAUGUUGGAACAGAAGAAUGGUGAAAUAAAACAUCUUUUAGGUGAAAUUAGAAAUCUGGAGAAAUUUAAGAAUUUAUAUGAAAGUAUGGAAUCUAAGCCUUCAGUCGACUCUGGUGCUCUGGAAGAUAACACCUAUUAUACAGAUUUACUUCAGAUGAAGCUGGAUAACUUAAACAAAGAAAUUGAAAGCACUAAAGGUGAAUUGUCCAUACAGCGAAUGAAAGCAUUAUUUGAGAGCCAACGGGCUCUAGAUAUUGAGCGAAAACUUUUUGCAAAUGAAAGAUGCCUCCAGCUUUCAGAAAGUGAAAAUAUGAAACUGAGAGCUAAACUAGAUGAAUUGAAACUAAAAUAUGAACCUGAAGAGACAGUUGAAGUGCCUGUACUGAAAAAGAGGCGUGAGGUGCUGCCUGUGGAUAUAACCACCUCUAAAGAUGCACGUGUCAACAACAGUGCUGUCGGGGGAGAAGUUUAUCGAUUACCACCUCAGAAAGAGGAGACACAGUCCUGCCCUAACAGUUUAGAAGAUAACAACUUGCAAUUAGAAAAAUCAGUUUCUAUACACACACCAGUAGUCAGUCUCUCUCCUCACAAAAAUCUGCCCGUGGAUAUGCAGCUAAAGAAGGAAAAGAAAUGUGUGAGACUCAUAGGAGUUCCCGCUGACGCUGAAGCCUUAAGUGAAAGAAGUGGAAACACCCCUAACUCUCCCAGGUCAGUGUCCUCUUUUCUUCCAGGCAGCCAGCAGACCUCUCCAUCUCUCCUCUCUCGCUGUAUGAACUGUGCUGUCUGUUUCUUUAUCUACUUUCUUACAAUUGCAUGCAGUAUAAUUCCUCAGUUUCAUCUACCUACCUUCAACUUUUCCAGAACUUUAAGAAAGACUAAACUGAUUGGAAAGGGAAAGGACUCCUGAAUAAGGCAAUCACAUUAAAAAGUUACACGUUUCUGUUUCAUGAAAGGGAAUAUCACAGUCUAACACGUCUCUGAAUGUUUUAUCAGUUUGAAUAAAUGUACUGUUAUUUUUCUCCUGGUUCAAGCAUGGCCAUGAAAGAAAAAUUAACUUACUGUCUCAAAGGGCUUUCCAGUAGUCUAAGAAAUUUCAGCCUUCUAGGAAACUUAGGUGAAUUUUUUAUGUCUUUUGAAGUUGCUUAUCCUAGGCCUUCAAAAAUGGGCUUUAAUACUUAUUUUGACAUUUUUACAUAUCAAAGCUAACUCAUUUUCAUUGUUUCCAAAACUUGAAAGCCCUAGUUUCUGCAUAAUUGAGUUUGUGACUAAAAGAAAUAGUGUCAGAUAUGUGUGUCUGAAGGAAUUAAUGUCCCAAGGGCUUUGUCCUUUAAAAAAAUAAAAAUAAUCGAGGUCAGAAGGUACGAGAAAGUGAAUGGAAGGGAAAGGUAAGUAGCAGUGGCUGAGGCUCCAGUUCUGGAUGUGUGCAGCAGGAGAAGUGAAUGAGGAAAUUGAAGAAAGUAAAAGAAAGAUGAAGGAUGUCUGCAUGCAAUGGGAUUGUUAGAGGCAUUUAAAACAAAUAUCUAGACUUUCAAAAAGAUGUGCCAAUAGCUAGCCUGGAUUAUCUCCUAUGAAAUGAGAUGUUGAAGGUGCUACUAGGGCUACAUUAGUCUUAGAGAGUAGAGACAGAUUAAUAAGACAUUUUACUAAUGUGCAUUUGAGUAGAGAGAGUAAGACAGCCCAAUGUAAAAGGGCUUCCUUAUAUGUUUUAUCUGAUUUCUCUCCAAGUCUUCAGUGCUACUAAAUGUAAUAGUCAACAGUAAAAGCACUUUAACAAUGUUAGCUGCUGUUAUUAUAAGGCAUAGGAAUUUUAUUACUCCUUCCUUGGAUUUUUAUAUAAUGUUAUAACCUUUGAGUCACAUAAAAUAAAAGCUUGCCAUUCUUAAGGAAAAAGUAACUUCAAAUGAGUGUCUGCCGCAUACCCAUGGUUUCAAAGAGUUCUGAAAUGAAUCCAGCAGAUUAUGCCUGUUUAUAUGUGAUGCAUUGUAUAAACAUCCUUGACCAGUGUAUAUUUCUAGAGGUGGAUUUCCAGAAUUGAUAAGUGCCAGCCUUGCUAUCUGUAUUGUCUUCAUUCCUUUUUCUGCCUUUUUUUGCUUGAUAAAAAAUCACUUAAGCAAAUGUAUGUGGCUAAUUGACUCAAGUAGCACGUUGGAAACUUUUUGUCUUGUUAGUUAAACAAAAAAUAAAAUAACCACGAAACAUUUGU